CUGAAAUCUACUGAAUUUUUGGCAACCCAUUUACUGAUGAAAUAAAUAUCGAACUGGCAACACUGUCUACGUGUGUUCCACCACACCACAACUCCACUCCCACUCCACACUCCACACUCCACAUUCCUUUCAUAUUUGAUUGCUGUAGAAGCGUGUUUCGAGGGUAAUGGCUCCGACAAAGCCCGCCGUUCCUGCCACAAAGCCCCAGGCUAAGAAGCCCCAAAUCAGAGGGAAGGGUCUCAAGAAGAAGAAGGUCCAGCUCAGAUUUGUCAUCGAUUGCACACACCCUAGUGAAGACAGCAUCUUGGAUGUGGCCAACUUUGAGCAAUACCUAAAGACAAGGAUCAAGAUUAAUGGAAAGACAGGAAACUUUGCUGGUGGUAAAGGAGCCCAACAUUCUGUUACAUUAGGAAGGGAGAAGGGUACCAAAAUAAUCCUCAAUUCCGAGAUACCUUUCUCGAAAAGGUAUUUGAAAUACCUUACAAAGAAAUACCUGAAGAAGAACAACCUGAGAGAUUGGUUGAGAGUAGUGGCUGCUGGGAAAGAUUCAUAUGAACUUAGAUAUUUCCAGAUCAACAGCCAAGAGGAUGAAGAUGAGGAUGACAAUGAGUAAAAUAUAUGUUGUAUUAAUAUAUAUUUAAUAAGUUUAAAAGGUGUUUUAUUAAUUGUGCUUCCAACUGUUAAAU